UUCGUCGUUUUUAAACGUCCAUUCGUAGGUAGGUAAUUGACAGACACUUAUGAGUACAAUAUCAUUAACAAAUCAUGCGCGCAUCUCCCUAGUCAUUGCCAUGUUUUCCAUGACUUUCCUUGUCGUGAUCAGUAGUUGCCCCCGUACGUCGUCCUCGUCGAAGAUCGGCGACGCGCAGUAACACAUCUGCAUAAGAGUUAGAGCUUUUUCGAAGCGAACAGUCAGGCCAGACUCACGCAAAGCAGGUCGUGAUGGACGCCAGCAGCAGCACAAUCGUGGCCGCAAGCACCAUCCAGAUCGCGUUCUCGAACGAAGCUUGGCCACCGUUGCUGUUAACAUGGUGCCUGACGAUCUGCAACGUCGUCAGCCAAAGCAGCGGUAUCCAGCCAAGUGGCGCACCCCAAAGAUGACCCAAUCGACGAUCAUCGCAGCCAGCGACACGAUGAACGCGAUGAACGCGACGAACGCGGCGACGAUAUACCCAAGGCGGUGCGAGCAGAGCGCCAGCAAGAACGCAAUGCCAGCAAUGCCAGCGGCAAUGGGAUGCAGAAUGAGCGCCUGCGUCGCACCGUGCAGUGUAGACGCCUGGCCCCCGCUUAACGGGCUAAUGCCCAACGCCGAGAUUUCGUUCGCUACGGCGCGCUGUCAGGUCAAGCACAAGAACGAUGACCGUGCGCACGUACCAAUGCGGUACCCGAUCUGCGCUGCGGUGCAACUCUUUCCGCCCCGUCCGUCCAGCACGCAGAACCCAAACGUGCCAAAGCGGAUAGACGCCCCUGCCGCGUCCGUCAAAUUACAGCCAGACUCGUCGAGAACGCACGCACCAUUAUUGGCAGAAGCACUGAGGAAGUCGAUCUGGCUGAAGGUCGGUGCGGAUAUGCUCGCCACGAUGAGCAGCGCCAUCGCAGAGAAGAUCAAGAAUGUCCCGAUAUGCAGCGAAAACAUCGUGAGCAGUGGGUGGGUUGGUGAUACAAAGGCAGAGCCAACAGGUGUCGGGGAUGUCUUAGACUGAGUCCCGGAGGUACCACGGGCAUACUUUAUACAUAACGGAGCUGCGCAUGGCUG